AUGUUGUUGGGCUCAGGCUCUAUAGUAGCUCUUCUUUCAUUUGCGCAUGCUCAGUAUCAGCCACCUGCACCGAAACCACCUCCACCCACUAUCUAUGUUCCCUCACUUACUUUGCCACCAUACAACCCUGCUCCAUUCCCACCAUCCCCACCGGGACCACCAGGCCCUCCAGCAAUCGACUAUGGUCCUCCUACGCCACCAGUAUAUCAAACCACUCGUUACUUGCCACCGCCGACUCCACCUCCGACACGAUAUCAACCUCCUGUAACGCUUAUUAUUUAUCCUCCAAAACCAGAUCUUCCACCAAGUGUUCCUGAUAUUCCUACCAAUGAAUAUGUACAGUUCAACAGCAAGGAAGAUGACACUCAAUGGUACAGUCCAACAAACUCCAAGCGUGUGGCUAAGGUGCAAAGCACAAUGGAUGCAGGCAGCCAGUGCAUUGAAGACUACUGCGGAUAUUAA